AGGCUGGUCGCGAACAGCAGGGGGCGCAGCCGCAAGCCAUCUCCAUUGCUGCUCCCGGUCCCGGGGUGAGCUGGAGAUCAGCAGUGUGGUGCGGAGCAAAGAUCUCGCUAUAGGAUCUUUGGUGCGGAGUGGGAAACUUCAACACUCCACUCAAAGAGGAUUUGAUUGCAUUGCUGGUGACCAUGGCGGCUCCUGAGGUUAAGGAAGGCAAGGUGGAAUUUGAAGGACAGGAGCUGUUUUACAUACGAGUGAGCCCCACUGAGCAGCCCCCCAGACUCUCUGUCCUGCUCCUCCAUGGCAUUAAUUUCUCCUCAAAGACUUGGCUGGAUCUUGGAACGCUCCAUAAGCUGGCAGAGGCUGGAUACCAGGCUGUGGCUAUUGACCUACCAGGCAGAGGCAAGUCGAAUGAAUCCACUGCUCCAACCAGUGUCGGAGAUCUGGCUCCUGACAGUUUCCUGCUGGACGUACUGAAGAGUUUGGAGCUGGGUCCGGUGGUGAUAGUCAGUCCAUCACUGAGUGGGAUGUACUCACUGCCAUUCCUAUUUGGCCACAGUGAUAUGGUGAAGGGCUUCAUUCCUGUGGCUCCCAUCUGCACAGAGAAGUUCUCCCACGAGCAGUACAGGAAUGUACAGACCCCAACACUGAUAGUCUACGGUGGUGCGGAUAAGCCAAUGGGAGAGACGUCAUUCAACAAUCUGAAAAACCUGUCUAACCACAAGGUGCACAUAAUGAAGGAGGCACUCCAUGCCUGUUACAUGAGUAAUUCCGAGGAAUGGCAUCAGACAGUGCUGGAGUUCCUGCAGGGUCUGUGAUAAACCACCUUGGACAGAGACCACAGCAGUAGAAAUAGUGAUUUAUAUUAAUCAUUCAUUUAUUAAUGCACCAAUAAGAAAACAUUUUUAGUCCCCUAUAUCUUUCCUCCAAUGUUGCAGAUUUAUUACAACUUCUGACCUUAUGGUCAGACCUUCAUGCCAAUCCACCUGUGCUCACCAGCACUUAGGUGUGUGAAUAUAGGUGACUCUGAACUGUGCACAGAAACAUCACAAUUUCAGCAUCUGCAGUCCCUGUGUCAGGUUACUUUUGUUUCCUUCAGUCAUGCUACAUAAAUUCAUCAAAAGGAAUGUGUGAAGAAAGGCUUUUACUCUUCUGUGUCCAGUUAUUGGCUGAAAGGUUACCCAUGCAGUUUGCUGCAGGAUUCAGUGAAUUCAGUCUAUUAAGGCAGCAACUGUACCAUAGCACCAAUGGGCUGGGCAUGCAUCAUCUAGAAGCAAGAGUGGGAGGUGCAUGUUGAACUUCACCAUACAACUCCAAGGCUGCCAGUUGAGGGUUGUGAUGGUCAACUCUGUUAUAGUCUAGUCUCUCCAAAAAAGGUUGCAGUUAGCCAAGCUCAAUUUAGUGGGGAGAAUAGAGUGUUGAUACUACUCGUCGCACAUGUGGAAGAUCCUGUCAAUGUAUCAAUGCAGUUUGAAAUUGUCACUCCAAGUCUUACAGCUACUGUCUUUAACUUGAUAGCAGCCUAUACCUGUUAUUCAUGCUAUACCUGUUAAUCAUGGGUAGGAGACAAGAACACCUGUUGGACACAAAUUCAUAUAAAAUGGCAUGUAUGGAGUCAGAUGUUGCUAGACAGCUCGUUCAUUAAAACUCGUAUCCCAAAGCAUCUGGAGGUGAGACACUCAGUAAAAGUCAAAAACAUUUCCCCUUGAUCAGCCUUUCCAUAAUCACCUUGAUUAUUGGUAUAAACUCUAAUUACACGAACAUCGCACUAAUAUUAAAAAGAGCAAUUCAUAACCAAA